AUGACUAUCAACAACCAUUACCGUGGAUCAAGCGUCGUUGUGGAUAAAUUCGUUGAGAUCAGUGACUACAUACUCGAUCGAGUCAACCAUCUGCCAGAAACACGUCUGGAAAUGAGGUCAAAGCAUAUAAAUAUCCUCCUUGAUGAGAUUGAAGAUGGGCCUUUGAGAAUAAUAGACCCAUACAUGCUUCAUUGGGUCCUUAGUUCUUCCACGCCAUGCAUAGAUAAUGGUUGGUGGGACGAUUGGUGUUUGACGCCGCCAUUUACUGGAUUUGGAGACUAUGAGUUCGAAGCUCCUUACUCCAACCAUUUGCAUGACUCUCAAGGUGCGGCAGUCAUAAUAGCCGCACGGAGUAAUGACGUUGCACUGUUAGAAUUGCUUAUCAUGGAGGGAUCGGAAUACCCGAUUGAUUUGGUGAUAGGGGAUCCUCUGAACUAUGCAGCGAAGGAAGGCUUUGAAGAUGUUGCCAGACUCUUGAUACACAUGAAAGGAGCAGUACCAGUUUACGAAGAACUGCUUAUCCCUUAUGAUAUUCCUGACAAUAUUCCUGACAAUAUUUCUUACGUUUCUCACGAUGAGUUGGAUUUCGGCCGGACUUGGGAUUUCGACUUAACAGGCAUCCACUUCGCAGCACAAUACGGCAGCGCCUCAAUCCUCCGCACGAUGAUUGCUCUUGGAUUCAAUUUAGAAGUCACAACUACAAUGGCCAAUCAAACGGCGUUACACAUUGCUAGUAUCUACGACAGCCAGGAUUUCGCUAGGGUUUUACUUCAACACAUCCGGGAUGUCAACCCCAAGGAUGCAGACGGUAACACCCCGCUCUUCUACGCAGCGAAAAACUAUCAAUCGGGAGUUUUCCGGGUACUAUUAGCCGACAUGCGUGUUGACAUUAAUCUUAAAGAUUACAAAGAAGUAUCAAUACUUAGUCGGGCAAUAAUGAACCAAUCCACCAAGGACAUUGAGUUGAUUCUCGCUCGCAAAGAUCUUAUCAUCGACUUCCGGGACUCUGAAAUACUCGAUGCUCUCACCUACGCUAUAUUAAAUGGCAGUGAAGCUGUUGUGAAACUCUUGGUAAAAUUGGAUUGA